AUGGUAUUGGGUUCAUUUGGAAGAUACUUUAGUAUGAGGCACCAAAACUCUAAGAUUCAGGGUUUAUACGAUCACUGUAAAAACACUUUCUCUCCCUCCGGAAUACCCCUUCCUUCUUCCCAAGCUUUGCACAAGCUUUCUUUAAUUCUUGACACGAUUCGACCUGCUGAUGUUGGGCUUAAGGAGCAAGCUGCAGAUGAUGACCGAGGGCUUGGAUUUUUCGGUGUUAACCAACAGAGUAGAAUGGCUCGAUGGGCUAAGCCCAUAACAUACAUCGACAUUCAUGAAUCUGAUAGUUUUACGAUGUGUAUAUUUUGUUUUCCAACUUCUUCAGUUAUUCCACUCCAUGACCAUCCGGGAAUGACUGUGUUUAGCAAACUUCUCUAUGGAUCUUUACAUGUGAAAGCUUAUGAUUGGGUCGAGCCACCCUGCAUUGUAGAAAGCAAGGGACCAGGACAUCCUCAAGUAAGACUAGCAAAGUUAGCAGUUGAUAAGGUUUUGAAUGCACCGUGUGAGCCAUCGGUUUUAUAUCCAAAGCAGGGUGGAAAUCUUCACUGUUUCACUGCAGUAAGACCUUGUGCGAUGCUGGACAUUCUCGCGCCUCCUUACAAAGAAUAUGAAGGAAGGAAGUGUACUUACUAUCACGACUAUCCUUAUUCAACAUUCUCUGCAGGAAAUGGACCUGUAUGUGAUGGGGAAGAGGAUGAAUAUGCUUGGCUUGCAGAGACAGAACCUAGUGGUCUUUAUAUGAAUAGUGGUGUAUAUGCUGGUCCACCUAUUAAGCCAUAG